GGCUCAAGUUUGGCACCCGAAAAAAGGGACACUCGAGAGAUGGAGCUGAUCAAUCUGGUGCUAGCGGGGUUCAUUUUUGUCGUAUCGGCGGCCUAUUUCUUCCUGAGGAAUAAGCACAACUACUGGAAGGACAAUGGGAUCCCGUACGCCCCGAACCCGCACAUUCUGUUUGGCCAUGCGAAGGGCCAGACCCAGACGAAGCACGGCGUAGAGGUCCAUCAGGAAUGGUAUGAGUACUUUAAGAAGCAAGGAGUGCCGUACGGUGGCAUUAGCCAGUUCAUCGCCCCCGCUCUCAUUGUGCUGGACCCGGACCUAGUGAAGCAGGUCCUAGUGAAGGAUUUCAAUGUGUUCCACGAUCACGGUGUCUUUGUGAAUGAAAAGGAUGAUCCACUAUCGGCCCAUCUGUUUGCGCUGGAGGGCACUCCGUGGCGUUUGUUGCGCCAGAAGCUAACGCCAACGUUCACGUCGGGGCGUAUGAAGCAAAUGUUCGGUACGAUCUGGGAGGUGGGCCAGCAUUUGGAGAAGUUUAUGCUGGAAAACCACCGCCAGCCGGAGGUGGAGAUGAAGGAUAUCUUGGGGCGCUUCACGACGGAUGUGAUCGGGACGUGUGCGUUCGGGAUCGAGUGCAACACGCUCGACAAUCCGGACUCGGAUUUCCGAAAGUACGGCAACAAAUCGUUCGAAAUCAACCCGAUGAUUAUGUUCAAGUUUUUCCUCGCAUCGGCCUACCCCAAGCUUAUCCGUGCGCUCAAGAUGAAGAUCACGUUCGACGAUGUGGAGAGCUUUUUCCUCGGAAUUGUGCGUGAAACGGUGGCAUAUCGUGAGAAGAACAAUGUGAAGCGAAACGAUUUCAUGAAUCUGCUGCUGCAGAUCAAGAACAAGGGGAAGUUGGACGAGAACGACAACGAGGUCGUCGGUAAGGGUGAGGUUGGCAUGACGAACGAAGAAUUGGCGGCCCAGGCGUUCGUGUUUUUCAUCGCCGGAUUCGAGACUAGUUCGACCACGCAAAGUUUCUGUCUGUACGAGCUGGCGAAGAAUCCGGACAUCCAGGAGCGAUUGCGUGAGGAGAUCAACCGUGCGAUCGGCGACAAUGGUGGUCAAGUGACGUACGAUGUGGUUAUGGGCAUCCAGUAUCUGGAUCAAGUUAUCAAUGAAACGCUUCGAAAGUAUCCGCCCGUUGAAGGACUGAACCGUGUAGCGGACGUCGAUUAUACCAUUCCCGGAACGAAGCAUGUCAUUCCGAAACGCACACUGGUUCAGAUCCCGGUGUACGCCCUUCAAAACGAUCCCGACUUCUUCCCCGAUCCGGAACGGUUCGAUCCGGAACGGUUCCACCCGGAAGAGGUAAAGAAACGGCAUCCUUAUGUGUUCCUACCGUUCGGUGAGGGACCACGCAUCUGCAUCGGACUACGUUUUGGGCUGAUGCAGACGAAGGUGGGCCUGAUUACGCUCUUGCGCAAAUUCCGGUUCUCACCCUCAGCCAACACUCCGACCAAGGUGACCUUCGAUCCGAAAAUGAUCACCCUUUCGCCAAUAAACGGAAACCAUCUGAAGGUGGAGCUGUUGUAGUGAA